AUGUCCUCAAGUCAGAAUCAACACGCCUAUCAAAGUCCUACUCAGAGGAGAUGGCAACAAUCUCAAGGGACCACAGGCCACUCAGCAUAUCAAGCACAUCCGCAAAAUUCCACACCCAAUUUCGACGCACGCUUCAGGUACAAUCACCCUGGGUGGAGCGAUAGAACAGAUCUUUGUUCGGCAACAUUUGUCAGCGACGCAGGAUUCCCUGAUGUCGUGAGAAAUGAUCUUGAAGACGAUGAUUACUUGAAUCAUUUUGCCUUACAUCCACAUCAGGAUGUUCACCACAUGGGUUUGUCCAACGACAACUUUGAAGGAUCUUUACCGAACGAAUGCGAGUACCAGCUUGAAGGGACAGCCUAUCUGGAUCAUUUUGCGAUACGCCCUGAUCCCGAUCCUGAUCAUGAUCAUGAGCUAAGGGGUAACGAGGUCACCCAGGCAUUGUCUCCUGAUUAUAGGACGGAUCUCGAUGGGGAGGCAUACCUUAAUCAUUUUGCGAUUCAACCCAAUGCCGAAGCUGGAGAGCCCAUGUGUGAUGUUGCUUUUCACACGGAGGAUUAUGACCUCGGAAGGACUUCACCUUUCGAGUCUCAUCAUCCUGAUACAGCAUACGCAGAUGCAGGAGACACAUCAUCAGAAUACAAACCUCCGUCCUCGCAAGUCAUCGAUGAUCAACAAGAAGAAGAUCUUACCUCACCUCCGGAAGUUGUCGAUGAGAUCACAGCACGAAGUGACACUACCAAACGAAAUGUAUUUGGUCUGACUGAAAACGAUCAAACUCUUCUCAAGACAUUCUCCGACACAUUCUUCUCCUUGCGAUCAUCAAGAGAUCCAAGACUGAAAGAUAUAGGUCGAGGUCGUUGGGGAGGGAAGAAAUCGAUUUUGGCCACUUACGAUCAAGAUAAACACCAUACUGAUCUAAAGCACUUCCAAACCAUAAUCGAUGGUUUAUGUUCUCAAACUUUGGAUAAAUGGCCUCCUAUAUCUGAAAUCAAAUUGAAAAGUUUUUACCAACUAGCUAAAAAUGUUCCAGUAGUUUGCAAUCCAUCUAAAACCAUUUUGGUCGAUCAAGUUGAAAGUAUUGUGAAUAAAGUCUGCGAUACCAAUAUCCGUAAUUUCAUUUAUCCAUACCUUGAUUACACCAAACCCAGAGGAGAGGCAACAUUCACAGAAGAACAAAGUGUUUUCUACCACUUGGCCAUUCCGCAAAACGAUCGACAAACUUAUACCCAAUUAGCUCAGCUGGUCAAUACCCUGUCGUACCUCACUGUUCGAAGGAAUGAUCGUAAUCACAUACCGAGUCAGGCAAGUAAGAGGUGUAUGUACAACCUUCUAGAUGGCAUUGGCUCUAUGAAGCCUGAAAUACAGAAUCAGGUAGAGUAUAUAAGGAAUAGAGUGUCAGACAGUACGAUUUUGACGAGGAAUGGUACCAUUGAGGAUUGA